AUGGUCUCUUAAAUCAUACUCAGGAAUUUUUACUUGAUAUCAAUAAGGUCUGACUAACUGUCCGAAGCAGAUAUCACAGACUUCGAGCAACCAACCAAUCAAAUAUGUAUAUUUUGGAUAUUCAGAUAAGAAGACGCACUCUUCUAUCGUGAGAGUACAUUUGAAUGCGUUCUCUCUCCAAAAUAUAGUCGAAUAGAUUUCCAUUUCGGUGUUGCCAUAUUAACAUUUUUUGCUCGAGUCUAAUUUAAAUUUGGCAGAUUCUCUCCAGAAAGUUUGAUAAGUGGUAAAGCUAUAUUAUUUUAGUGAUCCAAUAUGACGUAAAGAGCUAUAAAUUAAGUAGUGAAUUGCGAAUUCAAAUUUUCAAUGAUUUUCUUACCUAUCGAUGUGUUUCUUAAAGUUACAGUAUGAAUUGAUGGACCCGUCAGCUGAAAGGCGUCAAAACCACUUAGUUUUUGUGUUAUCACAGUGGAGCGAUGACAACCUUUUUUGCCUCAUGGUUGUGAGGCUCCAUCUAGGGACUAUAGGAAUAUAUACAUUUCUUUGAGGACGAUUUUAGACACCACCUUCCUUCGAAUGUUUGACUGUUAUACUGUUUUCUGUAAUGAAAAUUUGUUCAGGUUUUUUACCACAAUAUCCCACUAUGCGGCAUUAAAGCUCAUUGGACUACUAAAGCUACUACAUUCGAACUCCAAUUACAUGAAUGCCAUGCAUGGUUGAAUGAAACAAAGAAAAUGGUGAAUAAAAGAUGAGAAGGUAGAACAAACAUGCCACACGUGCUAAAACUGCAAGGCAGGUGAUUUGGACGCCAGUAUAUUGAGGCUAUACUACCAAGCAGGCAGACGAGCCUUUAGCCGACUAGCAGACAGGCGAGCAGGCGUGGUAUGACCAACGACGUAGACGACUCAGCAACACCAACCAACUAUAGUCAAAGCAGUCAGCGAGCCAACUCGAAGCGCUUCAUUGAUUUAGUUAGCAAAUGAGUAUCGGCCGUGCGAGUUGCGAGAGUUCCACGUGCUACCAAGUUGGCUCCGCUCGAAAAGAACACGAAACAAAUAUAUAUUUUUGGAAUUGUUUAUUUUUCAAACGUUGUUGGAAUUGAAAUAUGCGGUUAAUGGUUUUUUUUUUUAACUUUAUGUUGUUGUUAUUUGUAAAUGGUGUUUUGUGUUUUUGUUGAGUGCGAGUUCAUAAAUGUGGCCGUUUAUAUUUUUUCGUAUAAGUGCGCUUAAGUUGCUAACGAUGACCAACUGUUAGUGGGACUAUGCGACUGCGGCGGACGCUGAAAUGUUAGAGCAUCGUGCAAGCGCCAGGAGUCCAUGUACCAGAUGACGGGCCUUUACUCCGAGACGAAUACGAGCGGCGAUGACAGCAGUGUGGACGCUGCCAUACAAGACUCUCAGGUCAACUUGGGCGAACUGGUCAGUUGCAGCGCCGCUGCGGCGCCUGGCGUCAAUAAUCUGUGCGCCAAUGCAGCGUCGCGCUCCACCUGCAACUGCCACAACCAGCAUUAUCAUCACCCACCAACACAUCAGAACAAUCAUCUGCAUCACCCACACGCGCAUAACCAAUGCCAACAGCCGGCGGUGUGCAGCGGUUGUUGCAAUGAGAUUCUGGCGAAAAGUCACAGCCGUCAGCCAUCGGCUAGCGCUGCUGUGGGUGCAAGCAAUGUCGUUGGCACCGCCAUUAAUAAUAAUGCAACGACGCCGGCUGCCAUGCUAUACGAAUCGGAGUAUGAUGACGAUGACGAAUUGCAGUCACGCGAUUGUGGUAUUCUCAAUUAUCGGCCGGGUCGUAUACAGAAAUUUGCACGCAUCAAAGUGUUCGUGCUGCUGCUUUCGAUUUUAGUCACACUACAGCAGGCAUUGAGUUCCGGUUAUAUAAAUUCAGUGAUAACAACGAUUGAGAAACGCUUCGAGAUACCCUCAAGUUAUUCUGGCCUGAUAGCGUCCAGCUAUGAGAUUGGCAAUGUGAUAACUGUAAUUUUUGUGAGCUAUUUAGGUAGUCGACGUCACAUACCCGUAUGGAUUGGUAUAGGUGCCGCCAUAAUGGGCAUUGGCUCAUUGGUUUUCAUGGUGCCACACUUUACCGGCGAACCGAAUCCCGGUGUCACAAUUAUGAAUGAUUCAAGUGAUAAUAUAUGUCGCAGUGCAUUGGUACGUGAUCAAGAUAUGGACUUAGGUAGACUAUCGAGUGGACUCUCCAAUCCACCAUUGGCGCCGCAUACGUUACGCGAAGAUAACUGUCUCGAAGGCAAGUUGUCAACAUUCGGGCCGGUGCUAUUGUUUGUCAUAGCACAGUUGCUGCUCGGUUGCGGUGGUAGUCCACUCUUCACACUCGGCACCACAUAUGUGGACGAUCAUGUGAAAACGGAGAGCUCAUCAAUGUACAUAGGUUGUAUGUAUAGUAUGGCCGCAUUUGGACCGGUACUGGGAUUUUUACUCGGCGCCUACUUGCUGUCCUUUCACAUGGACUCACUGUCAUCCACAAUUAUAUCGAUAAAUCCAGGUGAUCGUCGCUGGGUUGGCAUGUGGUGGGGUGGUUUCCUGCUUUGCGGGGUUUUGCUGCUUAUCGUGGCCGUGCCGUUCUUCUCCUUUCCAAAAGUGCUCACUACCGAAAAGAAGAAAAUACGCAAGAGCUCUGUUAUGCAACCAGCAGUGCCUAACAAUUCCAAUAGUCUUCCACGUGGCACCGAUCCGGCAGGCAAAGUAAAAAAAGAAAUAGUGGCUGUGAGCGCGAAGGAAGACGACGAACCGCGUGUGGAUACCGGUUAUGGCAAGGACAUCAAAGACAUACCACAAUCAAUGUUGCGUCUCGUCACAAAUCCCGUGUAUAUUGUUACUUGCUUGGGUGCCUGUAUGGAACUGUGGAUCGUGUCUGGCUUUGUUGUGUUCCUACCCAAAUACUUAGAGACCCAAUUUAGUGUGGGCAAAAGUCAAGCGAGUGUUUUUACUGGUUCCAUAGCCGUACCGGGUGCUUGUAUUGGCAUCUUCAUAGGCGGCUGCAUAUUGAAACGUUUCCAGUUGAAACCCAAAGGCGCCGUACAGUUUGUCAUCAUCUCGAACGCCAUCUGCCUUGCGCUCUAUGCAAUGCUAUUUUUCCUCGGUUGCGAUAAUCUGAAAAUGGCUGGCACCACAAUACCAUACUACCGGAGCGCCAAACACGGUGUGAUUGAACCAUUCCAAGUCAAUCUCACGGCAGCCUGCAAUUUCGGCUGUGAAUGCCUGACCACAGAUGUCGAACCGGUGUGUGGCAAUAAUGGUCUGACUUACUUCAGUCCCUGCCAUGCAGGCUGUACCGCUUUCUCAUCCACAUCCAACUACACCAACUGUGCUUGUGUUCACUCGAAUAUAUCGAGCAGCAUUUAUAUGGGCGCCGGUGGCAGUCAAGCUCAAGCGUUAAACGCCAACGAAGAUUUUGCCGAAGUUACUGUGGUUCCUGUUGCCACUGCCGGCCCAUGCGCCACGCCCUGUCGCACCAUCUAUCCUUUCCUCAUAUUGCUCUUCUUCAUGACUUUCAUUGUGGCAUCGACGCAAAUGCCGCUGCUGAUGAUUGUCUUGCGCUCCGUGUCGGAGGAGGAGCGUUCCUUUGCGCUCGGCAUGCAAUUCGUUAUAUUCCGUUUGUUCGGUUACAUACCGGCGCCCAUUCUAUUUGGUAACCUAAUCGAUUCGACAUGCUUACUAUGGAAAUCGACAUGCGGCGAGAAGGGUGGCCGUUGUUUGAUCUAUGACAUUGAGAAGUUCAGAUACAAAUAUGUGGGACUCUGCGCCACAGUUAAAAUCGUCGCACUCGUAAUAUUUAUUGCCGAUUGGUGGUUGGUAAGAAGAAGGAAACAAUUGGAGAAACUGAAGCCUAUCAACGCAAACGAUCCGAUCAUCGGUUCCAUUAUCAGUUUGGAUAAACUAUUUGAGGAAAAGUUGAUGACCAACGAGACGAAUCCGCAAUAUGGCAGCAAUGGUGAAAUUAUAUUGACUUCAGAUGUGCUGCGGCACUCGCGAAAUGAUUCACGCAACAUACAGUUAGAAUAUGGCUAUGACAAGUGCAAUAAUGCCGUCAACUCUACGGGUCUGUCGACACCGCAAACGAAAUCGAAGAAGCAUUUCCGCAGCGCAUCUUGUGACGUCAAAAUGAUACGCAGCUUCUCGAAGGAGCAAAAUAUUGCGCCUGGCACUGCCUCGACGGAAGGUGGCAUGCAUGAGCCCAUUAAAAUCAAGAGCUUAAAACGGUUUCAAACGCAUUCCCGCAAUAAUUCCAGUGAUUUAAAUAGCGAUUUCCGUAAUAAACUCACACAUUCGCGCACAAAUUCACGCGACGACGCCGGCGCGCUCAACAUACGUUACAUACAAAAUCAGCUGAAACCGCAGGAGGAUGAAGAGGACGAUGAUGAGCUAACCACUGGUUGUGGACACUUCGUGAAGAAGCAUGCACGCAAUCAUUCCUACGAUCAGAUUUAUAUGCCCAAUAAUAUACGCUUCGAUGCGGACUUCUUCCGCAAUCAUCACAACAACAAGAACAAGAAUGUGAAUGUGUUGAAGAAUGUAAUGAACAGGGAGGAGCAACGUGUGAAGAAUUCGAAUGAAACAGAGGCAGCUGCAGCAGCGGCGCUGGCCGCAACGGCGGUCAGUUCACGCGGACACUCACGCAACAAUUCCAAGGACUUGAAUGUACGCACAGCCGCCGCAACAACAACAGCCAGCAAUAAUAGCAAUACAACAGCACCGGUGGGAGUGAGUGCCGGCGGUGUUGUAGGCGCUGCGCACAAUGUCGCUGAGGCGGCUUUAAGUAUACUACGCCAUCGGCGCACCAACUCCAAAGACUUGAAUUACACGCUCUGCACCAACAACGAGCGCAAUGAGCACGGCAGCAGCACGGCUUGCAGUAGCAAUGCGUCAACGCCAGCGCAUGUCAGUGGUGGUGGCGGCGUGGCGGCCGCUUUGCAUUUGAAGCAUGCACAUGCGCGCAAGGUCUCCCAUCAUAAGAUACAAAUCGACGAUGAGCGCAACGAGUUGAUCAGUGCGUCACGCGACGAUGAGGACGACUCAAAUGCAGAGGAGGCGCAAAAUGCCAGCAGUGCGACAAAUCGCAAAGAUAUAGAAGCAUUGCGCUAAUUUGUUGCAGACGCGCGCUGAAGCUUUUAAUAUUACAAGGAAUGCACUAGAGUCCUGAGGAGCGGUAGGAUCGCACUAAAACGCAAAUUUAACACAAAAUGUACACACAAACAACUACGAAACUGCACUUAUCGCUUAAGUUCGCAAAGGCGCGUGCGCUCGCGCGUCUUGGAAAAGUCAUUCCCUUCAAGCAGUGGUUUAUUUCAAUUUUGUUUCACGAAAAUGUUGUCGACGUAAAGCGUACUUAAAUUAUUCUAUUUUUGGUGCAACAGUGGACGCCUACACACAUACAUACAUAAAUAAUUUCAAUUUUUAACUAUUCAAUGUAUUUAGGUAUCGCCAAGCGAUUUUUAUUGAAAUUCAACACAUUUUUAUUUACUUGUAUAAACCCGUAGGAGAAGAAUGUUUGUAAAUCUUAUUUUGAAAAAAAAAAAAACAAAAACAACACUAAUAAUAAUUUGCGCAACAGCUUAUUUGUAUUUGUAUAUAUAGAUUAAAAAUAGUGCAUAGAACAAUGUUAUGCUACACAUAUUUUAAUGUAAACGUCAAAAGAAAAUUAGAAGAAAUAAAAUUUAUUAUUUCUAUAAACGUA